CCCUUUCCUUGACCCAUGACCCCUCUGGACCCUCCAAAUCUCCGUGUGCCCCCAGUUCUCCACUCCCUGCGUUACCUGGAUGUGGCGGUGACGGAGCCCAGCCCGGGGAUCCCUCAAUACCUGUCCAUGGGAUACGUGGAUGGGAUCCCCUUUGUGCGCUACGACAGCGAGCGGGGCCGGACGGAGCCGCUGACACCGUGGAUGGCAGCUGGACCUGAGCCAGGAUAUUGGGAUGGAGAGACCCAGACCAGCGAGAGGAACCGGAUCGUGGCUGCUGCUGACCUGGAGACAGCGCGGGACCGGUACAACUGGAGUGGGGGUUUUCACACAAGGCAGCGGCUUGCUGGCUGUGACCUCCUGUCCGACGGGAGCGUCCGUGGAUCCUAUCGGUCCGGCUAUGACGGGCAUGAUUUCAUCUCCUUCGAGCUGGGAUCCAGGAGCUUCGUGGCAGCCGAUGGAGCUGCCCAGAUCACCAAGAGGAAAUGGGAAUCUGACGGGAUCACGGUGGACGAUUGGACAAAUUACCUGGGGAACACCUGUCCGGAAUGGCUCCGGAAAUAUGUCGGAUACGGGCAGGAGGUGCUGGAGCGCAAAGAGCCCCCUGAUGUCCACGUGUCUGGGAAAGAGGAACACGGGAUCCUGACAUUGUCCUGCCACGCAUAUGGAUUCUACCCCGGGAUCAUCGGGAUCAACUGGAUGAAGGGGGAUGAAAUCCGGGAUCAGGAGACGGAGUGGGGCGGGAUCGUUCCCAACAGCGACGGCACCUUCCACAGCUGGGCCAGGAUCGAGGCGCUGCCGGGGGAGCAGGAGCAGUACCGGUGCCAGGUGAAGCACGCCGGAAUGCCGGAGCCCGGGAUCUUCGCCUGGGAGCCAGAAUCCAUCUGGAAUUCCACCCCGGUGUUGGUCGCUGUGUCCGUCAUCGCUGCCAUCAUCGUCAUCAUCGGCCUCGUCGCAGUCGGUGUCUGGAAGCUCCGAGCCGGGAAGAGGGAGGGCAAUGGAUACGACCCUGCACCCACCAGUGAGUACCAGCAGCGACGCGACGAAAAACUGGCCCCGAACUUUGCCCUCAGCCAAUCAGAGCGCGGCCAAAACAGCCCCAAAACGGCCCCGCCCGGCUGGUUUUGGGGCAUCAGCACCUGCCUGGCGCUGGGCAUGGAGCGUGUGCGGGGAGCUGGGGCCGUACUGGUGGUACUGGUGGUGCUGGGAGCCCCCCCAGUUGCGGGCGAGGAGCUCUCGGCGGUGUUCCAGUUGUUCUCUACCAGCGAGUGUUACUUCAUCAAUGGCACCGAGCGGGUGAGGUUCGUGGAGAGGUUCAUCUAUAACCGGCAGCAGUUCGUGCACUUCGACAGCGAUGUGGGAGUCUAUGUGGGGGACACCCCGGACGGGGAGAAGGUGGCCAGGUACUGGAACAGCCAACAGGAAUGGAUGGAGCUCACACGGUCAGAGGUGGACAGGCACUGCCGGCACAACUACGAGGUGUCCACCCCGUUCCUUGUGAACCGCAGAGUGCCCCCCAGCGUGUCCAUCUCGCUGGUGCCGUCGAGCUCCCAGCCCGGCCCCACCCUGCUCUGCUCCGUGAUGGAUUUCUACCGCCCGGUGCAGGUGAGGUCGUUCCAGGAUGGGCAGGAGCUGCCGGAGCACGUGGUGGCCACCGACGUGGUCCCCAACGGGGACUGGACCUACCAGGUGCUGGUGAUGCUGGAAAUCCCCCCCCGGCGCGGGUUCACCUACACCUGCCAGGUGGAGCACGUCAGCCUGGAGCACCCCCUCAGCUGGCACUGGGAGAUGCCACAGGACACCGUCCGCAGCAAGACCCUGGUGGGGGUCAGGGGCUUCGUGUUGGGUUUCAUCUUCCUGGCGCUGGGGCUCGGCUUCUACCUGUGUCUCCAGUGA